AAAUAAAAACAAGUAGACCGGUGGCAAUAAACAGUCAAGAAGUUCUCUUCGGCAUGGCAACUGUGGGACAGCUGACGAGAAUCACGGCUGUGGCCGAUCUCAAGGAUCUACAGAUACUGUAUCUGAAGGAUUGGCCCAGCAACUGUGUCGGCUACUUCUGGCUGGACAACUACUUGCGAUGGCUGCACCAAAACCCUACGUUGAAGCACCUUAACUUCUAUACCUUGGAUAAUGAUUGGAGGAGCGAUGGAUUGUUUAUACUGGUGCAUCGGUAUCAACUAUUCUUCAGUAACUUGAGCAAGCAAAAAACGGACUUGGAAGUUGCGCUGAAACAAUUGGAUUGGUCGGGAGGCUUCAAAGUCAGUGCUAUCCAUGAGAUCCAUCACAAGAUCUACAAGCAGGUGGCUCUGGACCUCGGGCUCCACAUGGAUCGAGAAAUGAACACCAUUAUGUACAUCCUGAACCGUGAGCAGGCAGAGAGACUGCAGAUCCAGUGCCCGGAUGGUUAUUACCUGGACAAAGUGCGGCUGGAACAUGCAGAUCUUAUCAACGAUCUUUGGUCAGCUCGUCAUCCUGGCUCGCUGAAGCUCAUCCAGAUGCUUAUAACAUACAAUACCAAUGUGGGAUUAUAUGAGAAGGAGUCCGGUUCAUUAUGUGCUUGGUGCUUGAGACUGCAAAGUGGAUUCCUCGGAGCUUUGGAAGUGCUACCAACCCACCAACGUCGUGGUUUGGGCCUAGUAGUCGCCGCCGCCAUCUCCAAAGCAAUCGCAACCGAUCUUCAGCAGGAUGUCACGGCUUUGGUCAAUAUGAACAACAGUGCUGCCUGUCGUGUGUUUGAGAAACUGAACUUCAGGUUGAUCCAGGACGAACACUACUACUGGAGCAUGAUUAAGCCAGCAGGAGGUGGCCAGAUUUCUUGGCCCUGCGACGAAUAGAAAACCAAUAGUAUUAUUGGCCAGAGAUUGCUUACCAAUGAAUUGUUUUUAAUCUACCUCUGUAGUUGUAAACUUAAGGAAAUAUAUUCUUCAUACAAAGUACA